AACAACCAUAGUUGCGAUACUCAUUACAUUGCUGCCAUACUCGCUUCCAUUGCUGCGAUACUCAUUCCUUCCUCCCUUCUCUGAAACUCCUUCCUUCCUCCCUCCUCCAUUGCUGCGAACUCAGGGUUUAAAGACCGCAAAUUCAUUCAUUUUGAAGAUUUCAAGAAAAUCCAUGGCUCAUUCAUCACAUAUUUCUCCUUUCGCUGUGGAUGUCGCAAGAUUUAGCUCUCUUUUUUCUCCACGCAAUUUGAUAUUUGGAUAUGAUGCAAUUGUCAUGUUUGUUAAAGAUAUAGCUAUGAAUGUACGAGACUCUUAUCAACAGAUGGUGCCAAGUCCUGAAUCAGAAAACAAUAAUUUUCACGAAGAAGCAUCUCGUGCAGUUUUUAAUGUGUUAGAUGGCAUUUUGAAAGACACCUUGGAUCGCUUGAAGACUAUAAGGGAAGCUGUUUCAGUUCCUGAAUUUAUAUUGGCAAAGGUUUCUGCUACCACUGACUGUCGUGACCUCGAAUCGCUUAUUAGGGUUUUCUGUGUGGAAGGUAAAUUAGAGGCUGCGCAUGGGCUCCGCCGUCAACUAUUGGCAAAGUGUUAUGUUCCUGAUGUGAUCACACACAAUCACCUAGUUAAUGCAUUUUGUAAAGCUGGAUGCUUGGAGGAGGUUGAUUGUCUUAUCAAAGAGAUGUUAGCUCAAGGUCCUUUGCCUAAUUGCACGACUUUCAACACAUUUAUUAGGGGUCAUUGUUUAAAGGGUGAUAUAGACAAAGCUUUGUCUGUAUUUUCCUCAAUGGCACAACAUGGAAUUAAGCCAAACAGGAUUACUUGUAACAUUCUUCUUCAUGCUCUUUCUAAAGAAGGUUUGGUGGAAGGUGCUAGGAAUCUACUCAUGAGGAUUUUAAGCGAGUGUGAGAAGAAACAUAUGGAUUUAAUUACAUCAACAAUAUUAAUGGAUGGAUAUUUUAAGAAUGGUGAUGUUGUUGAAGCUCUUCAUUGUUGGAUAAAAAUGUUGCAUGAGGGUACACAAUUGGAUGUUACUGCAUUCAAUGUUCUUAUUCAUGGUUUUUGUUUAAAUCAGGAAAUAAAACUUGCAUAUAUUUGGUUUGGAAAAAUGAUUAAGAGAGGAUUUCUUCCUGACGUGUUCACUUGUAAUUCAUUUAUAGGUUACUUAUGUAAAAUUGGAACAUUUGAUGAGGCAUUGAAGAUUCUUGGUAUGAUGCUGAAAAUGGGAAUAACCCCAAAUUGUAUUACUUAUAAGAUGCUUGUUCAAGGUCUCUGUUUACAUAAAGAGGCUCAUAAAGCCGCACAACUACUCUGCUAUAUGUUAGAAAAUUACAUUGUUCCUGAGCCUAUCAUUUGGAAUGCCAUCAUCCACAGUUAUGCGAAAUGUGGAGCCACAAGAAGUGCAUUUUCCAUACAAGAACUAAUGGUUGCUAUUGGUGUUAUUCCAAAUACAUAUACCUAUAAUGCAAUGAUUUAUGCCUUGCUGAAAGAAGAGAACAUCAAACAAGCUUUAUUUCUCAAAAGAGAGAUGGAUGAUAGAAGUAUUUCUCCUGAUCUGGUGACUUACAAUAUGUUGGUGGGUGCCUCUUGUAAUCUUGGGUUGAUUGAGCUUGCACUUGAGUUACGCGAUGAAAUGAUUAGGAGAGGGUGCUUCCCAGAUGUUGUGACUUACACUGAACUAAUUAAGGGUUAUUGCUUCAAGGGUCAAUUUAAGGAAGCAGAACAAAUUUUUGUCAGAUUAUGGCGUUCUGGUCUCCAAGUUGACCAUGUGCCAUGCCAAAUUUUGGUCAAAACUUACUGUAGAUUCGGAGUGCUCAACCAUUCAAUUAGCCUCUUUGAAAAUCUAUUGAAUGGAUAAAAAUGAGUGUAUGCGAGCUUGAUAAUGAUCAAUUCAUUUAGAGACUAAGUAAGAAGCUUCGGAAGUGGGUAACUAAUAUUUUACACAUCUUGUACUACUAUGAAUAGUGAAUAGAGGUGGAUGUGACAAUGACGACAAACAUUGGAAUCGAAUAUAGUUACUCCAUCAAGAGCAUAUUGUUCUGCAAGUUUCGUAAACGUCAUUGAAUCCCAAUGAUGUUGAACACUUGUCAGUUGUCAUCUAUGGGUCAUUACUAAUUAGUUACUCACUCUCUCCAAGAGCUGGAGCUGUUGAUUCUUGAUAUUUGCACCAAUCCAUAUCAAUUUUCGAGGUACACCGUAAACUGUAUAAUCAACGUUAAUAGGGAUCACUUGAGCACGAGGAUGGUGCAGAGUAUUUUUCCUUCCUAUGCACUGUUGUCUGGUCAGAGUGAACGAAAAGCCUAUCAGGGCUUUUAUAAUUCCAUCAAA